CUGGAAUCUCUAUGACCAACCCCCUCGCAGCUGAUUGGGCAGUUUUGUCCCCUCGCCUGCCUUAUAGUACUGCACUCAGUUUCAUCAGGUAAACAUGAGAAUGCCCUCAAACUAGAAGCACUUCACCAACUUUUCUGGAUUUACUUUAUGGUAUACGUACGAGUGUUUUACCAAAUUGAAGGCAUACCUGUAUGGCCCCAACUAUUGCCAUGUCAGCUUUAUCCGUGGGCUUGAAAACUGAAGAGAGUACCACGCGCUCAUUUGUCGUCGGGAGAAGCGAGAUGCAGACAAGUUUGAGCAUGGCAGAGGAGACUGUAAAGCCCAAAGUUGCCAUCCUUCCAUUCAGCGUCGAAGCGUUGAUGGCCGACAGAAAACCGAGCAGAGACUUGUCAUCAUCAGAUGUGUCAGCGGUUGCGGGAUCGUCUCAUACGCAUGGUGCAAGGAUGAGCUCGCUUUCAAGUUUGGAUAACUCAGUGUCCUCUUUGGCCAUGGGUUCCCCGUUCUCAGUGGGCGAUAUAAUGAACAUUCAAGACGAUGCGUUGGUUAAACCCGAGAGCCCAGAAAGCAAGGACAGGAACUCUUGGAUGCAGAGUCCUUGUUUUUCUCCCACUCCUCCACGGAGGUUAAGUCCCCCCGCUUGUCCACUGAGAAAACACAAGACGAACAGAAAGCCUCGGACACCUUUUACCACGUCCCAACUAUUAGCCCUGGAGAGAAAGUUCCGCCAGAAGCAGUAUCUCUCCAUCGCUGAACGCGCUGAGUUCUCAAGCUCGCUCAACCUGACAGAAACUCAGGUCAAAAUAUGGUUCCAAAACAGGAGAGCUAAAGCCAAGAGACUACAGGAGGCAGAACUGGAAAAACUGAAAAUGGCAGCCAAGCCUAUGUUGCCUCCGGCGUUCGGGAUUUCCUUUCCGCUCGGUGCGCACGUCCCUGCGUCCUAUGGAGGAUCUCACCCGUUUCAGAGGCACUCCCUGCCGGUUUCUCCUGUGGGACUGUACGCUGCUCAUGUCGGAUACAGCAUGUAUCACCUGGCCUGAUGUGCUAGAAGGACUUUAGUGCCAUAUUGACUCUCAAGUGCUUCGAUAUUGCCUACAUCGCCAAAAAGUUCCCAAUAUAGAAAAACUGCAAUUUCUCAUAUUACAUAUCAUGACUGGAUAGUCAUUAGGACAACGUUGUAGACGAGAUAUCUGCUACAGUGUGACGUUUACGCACAAGCUUGGCGUUUUCCACAAACAAACAUAAAACCCACAGGUAGGUUGGGCGCAUCACUUUCGUGGACUAUUGUCACUCCACAAAUAAAGGAUAAGCCUGACGCUAUAUCGGCAAUUUGCAUUAAUGUCAAUGCGUAACAUAAUGGGUUACAUAAUCCAAUGCCAAUGAAAGCUCUUUGCUAAUUUUGGAGGACCACAGCAUUUUUAUUAUAACAGCACUGUCUGUUGUUUGAAUGAUUCCCUUCGGAAGGGAUUUGUGUACUGUAAGAUAAUGUAUAUUAGAAAAAUAUCCUCAUUUAUAAUAUGAAUAUAUUUGUGACAUAAAUUAACAAUAAAUUGAUUAUUCAUUUAAAAA